UUAGGCACUGCCAUAUUAAUCUAAAUAUGCUGUUCAAUGAUCAUAAUAUUAUAUUAACCAAAAUUUAAUAAUUAUUUCUCUUUAGUUCUUCUUUUUCCUUUUACCCCACUCUUCAAAACAGGUUUUUUACUGCUUUUUGGCUAAAUCUGCGACUUUGGGCUAUCUUAACAGCUGCCUUUUAAUAAAGCCACAUAGAAAAAAAAACGAUAAAAGAGUCAUGUAUUAUUUUUGAUCUGCGAUUUUGGGCUAUUUUCAAGGUUUGGCAAAAUCUGCGACAUUGUUGACAUUGGGCUAUCUUCAAACUUUGACCUAUGCUUUGAGUUCUGCGACACGCGUCAAAUUUCAUCUGGCAACCCUGCCUUAGGUUAUCCGAUUUAUAACCUUAAAUUUCAUAGACAAGAGAGGCAAGCGAUCAAAAGAUAUAACUGAAAUUUGAGGUAUAAUACGUAAUUAUUACUAUUAAUAAUUUGAUAUGAUAAAUAAUUGUGUAAUUCCCCGAAAUUCUUGCAUUGGAGAUUGGAGCUGUUCUGUGGAUUGGAGCCUGUGUUGGAGCUCUGAUUGGAGGAAGUGUUAUAUUUGUCUAACUUUCAUUGGUCGCAGUUACCGUACUCUGUUGGUCGUACAAAUCGUGUUUAUAAAUAUACAUUUAUGCACCUAAUUUGGCUAUUUUGCUGAUUGUGGCAAUUUGUGGGGUGUGUAAGUACAUGGUGUUUCUAGCCGUUUCUAGACAUUGAGUAGAUCAUACAGAGGAUUUUUUUUGGAUUUACAUUUGAAUAUCAAAGUAGAUCAAAAUGACAGAAAAUAGUGAUUUUAAGCCCAGGAAUUAUCAAGUGGAAUUAAGGGAAAUUGCUAUAAAACAGAAUACUAUUAUAUAUCUUCCAACUGGAUCAGGAAAAACUUUCAUAGCUGUGUUAGUUUUAAAACAUUUAAGUGAUAGUCUUUCCAAAUCGUACAGCGAAGGUGGAAAAAUAUCGUUUGUCGUAGUCAACACUGUUGCAUUAGUUGAUCAACACGCAAAAUGUUUAGAAAAACGUACUGCUUUGAAAAUAGGAAGAUACUCUGGGGAAUUGGGCACAGAUAUCUGGCCAAAAUCCAAGUGGUACGAUGAAUUCAAUAAAUAUAAUGUUUUUGUGAUGACAGUUCAGAUUUUGGUCAAUAUCACGAAUCAGAAUUUUCUUGAUUUAAAUCAAGUAAAUUUAAUUGUAUUUGAUGAAUGUCAUCGAGGCGUAAGCGACCAACCAAUGAGACAGUUGUGUAAAUCGUUUAAAGAUUUAAGAGAUCCGCCAAGAGUUCUGGGUUUAACAGCCACUCUACUAAAUGGAAACUGUAAACCCAGUCGUGUUAUGGAAGAGGUUAAAGAACUAGAGGUAACAUAUCAUAGUAAAGUUGCAACAGUUGAUGGAUUAAGUGAUGUAAGCGGUUAUUCCACAAACCCAAUUGAAAAAGUGACUGUUGUAACAGAACAUGUUCCAUCUUUCGAAGAGAGGAAAGUUAUAGCGGAGUUAGAGGAAGUAAAACAGCUCUUAUAUAUAGUUAAAGAACCACAAUCUCCUGUGAUUUUACCAAGACCAGAUCUUACUCCGAUCCAAAAAAAAGAAGGUAUAGCGUUGUUAUGUAACACCAUUGAUGAUGUAAUCUUACAUAUUAAGACACUGGGCAUUUUUGGAGGCAAUAAAGGUCUUUUAGCUCAUAUUAUACAGAUUGAGAGAUUAAAAAAACAUUGCUCAGAGGCCAACCUGCAUAUUGUUUUAUCUUAUGUACAAACGGUUUUGAGUCACAUGAAGAAAAUAUUUGAUAAGGUUCUGGAACCAUUUUCGGGAAUUGAGAAAGUUACUAGAUUUUCAUCAGACAAGGUUAAAAAGUUAAUAUCAAUUUUCACUAACUAUUCAAACGAAUCGAAAGAAGAAUUGUGUGCUCUAGUUUUUACAAAGCGUCGAUUUACUGCUAAAGUUUUAUUCUAUAUUUUUGAUCACCUGAGCAAACAUUGCCCGGGAUACUCCCAUAUUAAGACGAACUUUAUGGUCGGUUAUAACAAUAACCCUUACAAUGAUACUCGUGAAUCUUUAUAUGUGAGUAAGAAGAAUAAAGAAACCUUACAAUCGUUUGAUAAUAAAGAGACGAAUGUUCUGAUGGCAUCUAAUGUCCUGGAAGAAGGAGUGGACAUUUCUACUUGCUCUUUAGUUAUAAAAUUUAAUUAUCCUGAAGAUUAUCGCUCCUAUAUCCAGUCUAAAGGACGAGCGAGAAAUCCUUCUAGCUUAUAUUAUAUGAUCGUCGAGGAAUCUUCAUUGCCGAAGUUUCAGGAAAAAUAUCUACAAUACCAGAAAAUUGAAAGCAUUCUUCAAGAUUUCCUGGUCGGUCAGAAUAAACAAAGAAGUGAACCGUCUCAAAGAGCGAUAGAUGAGAUGUACAACGAAGAUCAAUUACCUCCGUAUUACGUCGAUGGUCCGAAUUCUGCCAAAGUAGACAUGGUGUCGGCCGUUUCUUUACUUUGUUCUUAUUGUAACUCCCUACCUUGCGAUCGAUACACAGAUUUAACACCGGCGAUCUAUUCUGAAGUAAAAUUUCUUGCAGACCGCACCAAAUUAGUCAGAGUGGUUAUAGUAUUGCCAACAAUCUGUCCGUUAACUGAACCAAUAACGGGUGUUUACAUGCGUAACAUAAAACAAGCAAAAAGAGCAGCAGCUUUGAAGGCCUGCGAACUGCUUCACAAAGCAGGAGAACUAGACGAUCAUUUAUUACCAAAAGUAAGCCAGGUUAUUGAAGAAGAUGUAAAAUAUUUGUUUGGUCAUCAUCCAAAGGAAAAUGAACCCAUGGCUGGAACGAAUAAGAACAAGAGACAGCACAAAAAAUUGAUUCCCAAUUUUCUACAAGGCGGAUUGGCUCCAAACAAACCGGUUUACUUGCACAUAAUUCAUCUGCAACCAGAAUUUGAACGACGCGAAGAACUGAUGCAAUCGUCGUUCUACGACAUCUACACUUCCGAUCUAUGUUAUGGACUAAUCACUCCAAACGCAGUUCCGACAAUUGCCGACUUUCCCAUUUACGUCAACUACGGAACGUUAACCACCAAGCUGGACGUCAACGUUGCCCAAGUCGUGCUGACCGAACAAGACAUCGUAGACAUUAAAACGUUUAAUUUCAACGUAUUUAGCAAGAUUCUAGACUGUCUGAGGCACUUCCUGAUCUUCGAUAAUGGACGGGACGCGGAAUGUAUGAUACUUGUUCCGGUGGAGAAAAAUUCGACCCGCAUAGACUUCGACGUGUUAAGAAAUCAUAAGCAAAUUAAAGAGUCGUCGGUCGAAUUAACCAGAGAGGAGAAACUGAGCUUAAACGUCACAACUGACAGUUAUUUGAAGAAAAUCGUUUCGCCUUGGUACAGAGACAUGGGUGACUAUUUGGUUACCGAAGUUUCUCUGAACAAAUCGGCACAGUCGCCAUUUCCUAACUAUAGUUUUGCAUCGUACGAGGACUAUUUCGACCAAAAGCAUUCCGUCAAACUUGUAAAUCCAUCGCUGCCUCUUCUUUUUGUGAAAGGCUUAACGAAGAAGACGAACUUUAUAAAGCCUUUAGGCGAGUUGGCCAAAAGGAAGAAGGAGAAAAACUACGACUUUUUGGAUAUCCAUUUGAUACCUGAAUUGGUAGUUAAGCAAGAUUUUCCAUCGUCUCUUUGGAUUCAAGCUAGCUUGUUACCAACUAUUAUUUCCAGAUUAUCCUUCAUGUUUCGCUUAGAACUUCUCAGAUCCAAAAUAGCUACCGAGACCAAACUAGGCCAACCCGUAGUUAUGAAUAAAAAACCCCUAGAAUUGGAUAGGCACUUGCUGACGUACGAACCGCGUUUGGAAAAGCCGAAAACAUCAAACGUGCUGGUUCCUGACACGAACGAAGAACCCGUCGCGCCUGCUCUAACUAACAUAAACGUUAACAAAGACUACACCAAGAAAAUGCUGGAGUUGGAGUAUCCUUGGAAGGAUUCUGAGGAACCCAAAGAUAUAGAGAGAAAUUUGAACGUUACUGUUCUAGAAGUGGAUUAUUACGAAAAGUUUAUAUCUAAGCCCACUUGUGACAGUGAAAGGAUGCUGAAAAACCUAAUUCCGAUGAGGCGGCAGCAACAGCAACUUGCUCUUACGUAUUUAAAGGAUUACGUCGAGAAACCAAUUAUGUUGUUGGAAGAGAAAAGUUUGGAUGAAGGCCCUGAGCUUUGCGUACUUUACAAAGCCAUGACCACGGCAAAGGCUAAUGACAUUGUCAAUAUGGAGCGGUUAGAGACUUUAGGAGACUCGUUUCUGAAACUGUUUUCAUCAAUGUAUAUUUACUUAAAGUUUCCCAAAUUUAAUGAGGGCAGUGCGACCCAACUGAAGGGCCGUCUGGUCAGCAACAUAAACCUGUAUUAUUUGGCCAAGAAUAAAAAUAUCGCCGGCAUCAUGAAAGUGAACGACCUUCAGAUGGUCGACUGGCUGCCUCCAGGUUUUAAGAUACCCGAUGUCCUGGAGCAACGUAUCACCGCUAAAGAAACCUCCUUAGCCUCGAUUUAUCGUUUCUCCAUUCCCGAGGACGAACAGCAAUCCGGUGUUCUUUCUGACAGUACUAUUCAAAAUAUGAUGGACGAACAUUCGGACGAUGACCCGAGCGAGGAAGGAUUGAUCAAUGAUGUCGCGUCCUUCUUCAAAAGUAUCUACAUCGGCGACAAGAAAGUAGCCGACUGUGUGGAAGCCUUGUUAGGGGCCUACUUUCAAACCACCGGUAUAAAAGGUGGAAUUAGAUUUAUGGAGUGGAUGAAUAUUAUACCUCCAUCUGAAAAUCUUCUAAAUCUCAUCAGUCGCCCAAUUCCUAAUCCAGUUCUCAACGAUAAAGUCACUCUGAAGGACAUAAACAGACACAUUCCCAGAUGGCAAGAUAUCGAGGAUACUAUAGGAUACCAUUUCAAAAAUCCAGCUUUCUUGCUGCAAGCUCUCACCCAUGCCUCCUACUCUCCGAAUCGGUGUACCAUGUCCUACGAGAGAUUAGAGUUCUUGGGCGACGCCAUACUGGAUUUCCUGAUAACGUGUUAUAUAUUCGAAACGGGGAAUAAUUUGGACCCUGGCGACUUGACGGAUCUGAGGUCGGCGCUGGUGAACAACAACACGUUCGCGAGUUUGGCAGUCAGGUGCAACCUGCACAAACACUUCUUGUGUAUUAAUAACCAGCUGCAGGUGCUCAUCGAUCGCUUCGCUCAAUAUAUUGAGUCGAAAAAAUUCGAGAUCGAUGAUGAGGUGUUAAUCUUAUUGGAGGAGAAAGAUGUCGAGAAAAACAUAGGGUUGAAGUUGGCAGAAUAUAUCGAUGUGCCUAAGGCAUUGGGAGACAUAUUCGAAGCUUUAGCGGGAGCUGUUUAUUUAGAUUCAAAUAAAGAUUUAAAGACUGUAUGGAAAGUCUUCCACAGGAUCAUGUGGAAGGAAAUUGAAGCUUUUAGUGCAAAGGUACCUAAAAAUCUUGUCAGAAGAUUAUAUGAAUGGACGCCAGAUCCUCAUCCUAAUUUCGGAAAAUCUGUCGAUCUGGGAAAGAACAAAGUUAUGGUACCUCUACAGUUUAUGUUGAAUGGAAGAAAGCAACAAGUGUAUGGUUUUGGAUCGAAUAAAGUUGUGGCCAAGAAGGCCGCCGCUAAGUUGGCUUUGCGCCAGCUAACCAACUAAUCGACCUCUCACACUUAUUAUUUACCUAUAUGUUUAGUACUAGCGGAUCAGGCCAACUUCAUACCGCAUAAAGCUCAAUGCGUACUUGAAUCGGCUCAGCUCAACGCGUACUUGAAUACAGCACAUCACAGCUCCGCUAGUGGUGUCGUUCUAACGGGUGUAGUUUAAAAUUCGAGAAAAAUAAUUUUUUCGUCUGGUUUGGUCUGUGUGACUGGAAGCGUUUUUUUCUUGAAGUGUUAAUUUUGACAGUUUUAUGCCAAUUAAGUAAUUAUUAUUAUAAGUAUUAGUAUUAUUUAAUAAGUGACGAUUGGAGAUUGACCUCGCCAAAAUUAUUAUCGGUUGUCAUUUCCCAGCUGUCUUUGACGCCAUUUCCUUUUCGAUCAUACGGUAUACCAUACUAUGCGAUGAAAGAAACGGCGUUAUAGAUGGCUGGGGAAUGACAAUCGAUGAUAAUUUUAACCAGGUCAAGUCCUAGACGUCAUUACU